UUUCAGGUGCAUGUUGGUCACAAUAAGCCGAGCAGUCGCGGCACGAUCAGGGCGAAGACUAAUAAGAUUGGCGACAAACCCGAGAUCCGCUUCAACUAUAUGCAGCAUCAGGAUGAUAUCGAGGGCUUUCGUGCCUGCGUUCGUCUGACUCGCGAAAUCAUUGAUCAGAAGGCAAUGGAUCCAUACCGUGAUUCAGAAAUUCAGCCGGGCGAAGCCGUGCAAAGCGACGAAGAAAUU